AACAUGUCAGUCAAAUCUUCCCCAAAAACACACGCCGGUUUCGAAUCGAUUUGCGAUUACAAUAAUUUUCAAUUUUUCGAUAAAAUUCUGUUUUAUUCGCAUUGAUUUCUUGACAAAAUGCAUUAAAUAGAUAGUGGCAGACGAAACCAAGUUGAAUAGUUCUCAAUUCGUUCCGGAGAUCGACAGAAGAAGCGAUGUUUUCCAUUUGUAAACAAACCCAUGAAGCGACCGCUGUGGAGUUCUCGGUCACUUGCAACUUUUUCAACAGCAAUGAAAAAUCUUUAGUUACCGGAGGCGCCAAUGUACUCAAAGUAUACCGGUUGAUCCCGGAUGCGGAUCCUGCUAAUCGUGAUAAGUUUACCAGUAAGUAUUAUCGUUUAUUGAGUUGGUUCUCAGAAAUAUAUGAUAUUUGUUUUACAGCUACAAGGCCACCGAACAUGAAAUUGGAAUGUAUGGCGAAUUAUACUCUGUUCGGGAACAUAAUGUCAUUGCAGUCAGUAUCCCUUGCAGGAUCCCAGCGGGAUGCACUAUUAAUUAGCUUCCAGGAUGCGAGACUAUCCGUGGUGCAGUUCGAUCCGGAUAAUUUUGAGCUAAAGACGCUGUCGCUUCAUUAUUUCGAGGAGGACGACAUAAAGGGAGGUUGGACGGGACACUAUCAUACGCCAAUUGUGAGGGUGGAUCCGGAUAACCGAUGCGCAGUGAUGUUGGUAUAUGGUCGGAAAUUGGUGGUGCUUCCUUUCCGGAAGGACAGUUCCCUGGAUGAGAUUGAAGUGCAGGACGUGAAGCCGAUGAAAAAGGCACCUACACAGUUGAUUGCUAAAACUCCAAUUUUGGCAUCGUACGUGAUAGAAUUGAAGGAGUCUGAAGAACGGAUUGACAACGUGAUAGAUAUUCAGUUUUUGCAUGGAUAUUAUGAACCGACAUUGCUAAUUCUAUACGAACCGGUUAAGACCUUUCCGGGACGUAUCGCUGUCCGAUCAGACACCUGCAUGAUGGUGGCCUUAUCCUUAAAUAUUCAACAGCGUGUUCAUCCGGUGAUCUGGACUGUGAAUAGUUUACCGUUCGAUUGUUUGCAAGCGAUUGCUAUCAGCAAGCCUAUUGGGGGUUGCCUGAUCCUGAGUAUUAAUGCUUUGAUCUAUUUGAACCAGAGCGUUCCGCCCUAUGGCGUGAGCCUAAAUAGUACCGCUGACCAUUGUACGAACUUUCCCUUGAAACCUCAGGAUGGUAUUAGGAUCAGCUUGGAUGCGGCACAAGUGUGCUUCAUCGAGCCCGAAAAGUUAGUGUUGUCACUGAAAGGUGGAGAACUAUAUGUGCUGACACUUUGUGCUGAUUCAAUGCGAAGUGUUCGGAGUUUUCACUUUAGUAAGGCAGCUUCCAGUGUGCUGACUUGUUGUAUAUGCGUUGUUGAGGAAGAAUAUUUGUUCCUCGGCUCACGAUUGGGAAAUUCCCUGCUUUUGCGAUUCAAAGAGAAGGAUGAGAGCAUGGUGAUAACGAUUGACGAUACCGAGGAAGUGGUUGAGAAAGAACCAAAGCGAAUGCGUUUGGAGCAGGAAGAGCUGGAAGUGUACGGCUCGGGACAGAAAACUUCCGUCCAGUUGACAAGCUACAUAUUUGAAGUUUGCGACAGCAUUUUAAACAUUGGUCCCAUCGGUCAUAUGGCUGUUGGUGAGCGAGCUUCUGAAGAGGAGCAAGAAGAAAACAAAGAAGUUCAGUUCAUACCGAACAAAUUGGAUUUGGAAGUUGUGACGAGUAGUGGUCACGGCAAGAACGGAGCCUUGUGCGUAUUGCAGAAUUCCAUUAAACCGCAGGUUAUUACAAGUUUUGGCUUGUCUGGGUGCGUGGACGUAUGGACUGUUCUCGGCGAUAAGGGCGAUGACAUGCAUUCUUUCAUGAUUCUGUCGCAAGAAGCAGGAACGAUGGUUCUGCAGACAGGUGACGAAAUCAAUGAAAUUGAGAACACCGGGUUUGCAACGAAUGUGCCGACAAUUCACGUUGGAAACAUUGGCGGAAAUCGCUUCAUUGUUCAAGUGACAACGAAGUCGAUUAGAUUGCUACAAGGCACACGUCUACUGCAAAAUAUUCCGAUUGAUUUAGGCUGUCCACUGGCUGCUGUGUCUAUUGCUGAUCCAUACGUUUGUGUUAGAUCUUCGGAGGGUCGAGUGAUCACGUUGGCCCUUCGAGAAGGCAAGGGAACUCCGAGGUUGGCCGUCAACAAAAAUACUAUCAGUACUAGCCCCGCAGUUGUGGCCAUCAGCGUGUACAAAGAUGUCUCCGGAAUGUUCACAACCAAGUACGAGGACUUCUACGAUGGUUCCAAGGGAGGAUCCUCUGCCUAUUCUAGUGGAUUCGGAUACAUGAAACCCGAACCUCACAUGAAGAUCGAAGACGAAGAGGAUUUGCUAUAUGGUGAAUCCGGUAGGUCUUUCAAGAUGACAUCGAUGGUCGAUAUGGCGAUCGAGGUUAAAAAGAAGAACCCGGACUUUUGGAGGAAAUUUAUGCAACCGGUGAAACCAACAUUUUGGUUGUAUGCGGUUAGAGACAAUGGAAACAUGGAGAUCUAUUCGAUGCCAGAUCUCAAAUUGGUUUACCUGAUUACCAACAUUGGAAACGGUAACAAAGUUCUUCAGGAUUCGAUGGAAUUCGUUCCUCUACCGGUCGGGCAGUCUGCCGCUGAUGCGACUGAUGUAACAUCAAACGCAUUUUCCAGUCCUUUUGGCUUCAAUCCUAAUCUACUACCGAAGGAAAUUCUCAUGGUAGCUCUCGGUCAUCACGGCUCUCGUCCUAUGCUCUUCGUUCGUUUGGAAAAUGAUCUCCUCGUUUACCGAGUCUAUCGGUAUGCAAAGGGUCAUUUGAAGCUCCGCUUCCGGCGAAUGCCAAGUGGCGUAACGGGCCCCAUAUUCAAGAUAAUUCCACGCCAACAAGCUCCCACCGAUCAGGAAGGCGAGAAGCAAGAUGAGCACUCUACAAAGAUCAUGUACGAAAAUAUCUCCAUGAUUCGAUACUUCAGCAAUGUAAACGGCUAUAACGGAGUCGCCGUAUGUGGAGAUAAGCCCUACAUAAUGCUUCUCACUUCUCGCGGGGAACUACGGGCUCACCGAUUGUAUGCCAAAACCAUCAUCAAGGGAUUUGCUCCGUUCAACAACGUCAACUGCCCGAAUGGAUUUCUCUAUUUCGACGAGCAGUACGAACUGAAAAUUGCCGUUUUCCCAGGAUAUCUGUCGUACGAUUCAAUCUGGCCCGUAAGAAAAAUUCCUCUGCGCAGCUCACCGAAGCAAAUCGUCUACCACAAGGAGAACAAAGUUUAUUGUGUAGUGAUGGACGCGGAGGAGGUCUGCAACAAGUAUUAUCGCUUCAACGGAGAAGACAAGGAGCUGACCGAAGAGAACAAGGGUGAACGGUUCCUGUAUCCAAUGGCGCAUAAGUUUUCGGUGGUGCUGGUUACCCCCUCAGCCUGGGAAAUCAUUCCGGAGACGUCCAUCAAUCUGGAGGAGUGGGAGCACGUGAUUGCGCUGAAGAAUGUCAGUCUGACGUACGAAGGAGCGCGGUCCGGUUUCAAGGAGUACAUCGCCGUGGGCACUAAUUUCAAUUACAGCGAGGAUAUCACAUCACGCGGAAGGUUGCUGCUGUAUGAUAUUAUUGAGGUCGUGCCGGAACCGGGAAAACCAUUGACCAGAUACAAAUUCAAAGAAGUCAUCGUCAAAGAGCAAAAGGGUCCAGUUUCGGCGAUCUGCAACGUGUCCGGGUUCCUGGUUGGUGCGGUCGGCCAAAAAGUCUACCUUUGGCAACUGAAGGACGACGACUUGGUUGGUGUGGCGUUCAUCGAUACCCAUAUAUUCGUACACCAGCUGGUAUCCAUCAAGUCCCUGAUCCUUGUAGCCGAUGUGUACAAAUCUGUGAGCUUGCUGCGCUUCCAAGAAGACUACCGCACACUGUCCCUCGUGUCACGUGACUAUCAACCGUUGAACGUGUUCCAGAUCGAAUAUGUCGUAGAUAACUACAAUCUUGGCUUCCUAGUGUCGGACGAGCAAUGCAACAUCAUAACCUACAUGUAUCAGCCCGAAUCACGCGAGUCGUUCGGAGGCCAACGACUACUACGGAAGUGUGAUUAUCAUGUUGGUCAGAAGAUCAACAGCAUGUUCCGAGUGCAGUGCGAUUUCCAUGAAAUGGAUUACAAGCGCAACAGCAAUUACGACUACAAACAUACGACCUAUUUUGCCACUUUGGACGGCGGGGUAGGGUAUGUAUUGCCCCUACCGGAGAAGACGUACCGCCGAUUGUUCAUGUUGCAGAACGUCCUGAUAACACACAGUCCCCAUCUGUGUGGCUUGAACCCGAAGGCGUUCCGCACGAUCAAAGCAGUUAAGAAACUCCCGAUCAAUCCGACGCGAUGCGUCGUUGACGGAGAUCUGAUUUGGACGUUUUUGUCACUACCGGCAAAUGAGAAACUCGAGGUGGCUAAGAAGAUUGGUUCUCGUAUUGAUGAUAUAUGCGCAGAUUUGAUGGAAAUUGAAUCGGUAACUCAUGUUUUCUAGACCAUAACACUUUUAAUAACACAGAUCAUGGGACAUUUGACUUUCAUUUCCUCUAUUAUACUAUGUAUAAUAAAAGUGUGUAUUUAAACAACAAACACUACUAAUAGCCUCUGAUGGUAAGUUAAUAAAAGAGAACUAAAAUUACACAUAA